GCAUUAAUACAUUACUCUUCAAUUAUAAAUUGCCGAAUCUAUCCGAAUUCGUUCAAAGUAGUCAGUUGGCGACUCUGAGAAACGUAAUUGCAAAUUACUAAUACAAGAAUUCUAAAAUUGUUUAAGGUAUGUUCUGAACUAAAACUAUUCCAAUUUCAAUUUGUACUUACUGACUUUUACGUAAUUAUUUGGUAGCACGUGAGCCGGUAAAAAAUUGAAAUUGUUCUGAAAACGCAAAAUAUUCCAAUUUUUUAUUCUAAAAAGUGUUUGCUGGUAUAUGAAAACAGUUAAUUAUAAAUUAUAUAUUUUACAGAUGUCUGACAACCAACAAAAUAUGGAAGACGUUGAAACCUUCGCCUUUCAAGCAGAAAUCGCUCAGUUGAUGAGUCUUAUCAUCAAUACCUUCUAUUCUAACAAAGAAAUAUUUCUAAGAGAGUUAAUCUCUAAUGCUUCUGAUGCUCUGGACAAAAUCCGCUACGAAAGUUUAACUGACCCAUCCAGACUGGACAGUGGAAAAGAAUUGUUCAUCAAGAUCAUUCCCGAUAAAGCAAACAACACCCUCACUAUUCAAGACACUGGUAUUGGUAUGACUAAAGCCGACCUUGUAAACAACUUGGGUACUAUCGCCAAGUCUGGAACAAAAGCUUUCAUGGAAGCUCUCCAAGCCGGAGCUGAUAUCUCUAUGAUUGGGCAAUUUGGUGUUGGUUUCUACUCUGCCUACUUAAUUGCUGAUAGGGUUGAGGUCAUAACCAAGCAUAACGAUGACGAGCAAUAUCUUUGGGAAUCAUCAGCUGGAGGUUCAUUUACCGUCCGCAAUGAUACAAGUGAAAUGUAUGGACGUGGAACAAAAAUUAUUCUUCACAUUAAAGAGGACCAAACUGAAUAUUUAGACGAGAAGAGAAUUAAGGAUGUUGUAAAGAAACAUUCCCAAUUUAUUGGCUAUCCCAUUAAACUUCUUGUUGAAAAAGAAAGAGACAAGGAAAUCAGUGAUGAUGAAGAAGAAGAGGAAGAUAAGGAAAAGAAAGAUGAUGAUAACGAAGAAAAACCUAAAAUUGAAGAAGUUGAAGAAGAUGAUGACGAUGACAACAAAGAUAAAGACAAGAAGAAGAAGAAGAAGAUCAAGGAAAAAUAUACCGAAGAUGAAGAACUUAACAAAACUAAACCUUUGUGGACAAGAAACCCUGAUGAUAUUUCCCAAAGUGAAUAUGGUGAAUUUUACAAAUCUCUGUCCAACGAUUGGGAAGAUCAUCUUGCUGUGAAACACUUUUCCGUUGAAGGUCAAUUGGAAUUUAGAGCUCUUCUCUUUGUUCCCAAAAGAGCUCCAUUCGAUAUGUUUGAAAGCAAGAAGAAGCGCAACAACAUUAAGUUGUACGUUAGAAGAGUCUUUAUCAUGGACAAUUGUGAAGAGUUGAUUCCAGAAUUUUUGGGUUUCAUCAAGGGUGUUGUUGACUCUGAAGAUCUACCAUUAAACAUCUCAAGAGAAAUGCUUCAACAAUCAAAAAUCUUGAAAGUGAUCAGAAAAAAUUUGGUCAAGAAAUGUAUGGAAUUGUUCGAUGAUAUCGCUGAAGACAAAGACAACUACAAGAAGUUCUAUGAACAAUUUGCAAAGAACUUAAAAUUGGGAAUUCAUGAAGAUAGCACCAACAGAAAGAAAUUGGCUGAAUUCCUUCGCUAUCACUCUUCUUCUUCUGGUGAUGAGAUGACCUCUUUCAAAGAUUACGUUUCCAGAAUGAAAGAAAAUCAAAAAGAUAUAUACUAUAUUACUGGUGAAUCUCGUGAAACUGUGGAGAAUUCAGCUUUCGUUGAAAGAGUCAAGAAACGUGGGUUCGAAGUUCUUUACAUGAUUGAUCCAAUUGACGAAUACGCUACCCAACAACUGAAAGAAUACGAUGGUAAGAAGUUGGUUUGCGUUACCAAGGAAGGGCUUGAAUUGCCAGAAGAUGAAGAUGAAAAGAAAAAAUUCGAGGAACAAAAGGCACAGUAUGAAGAGCUCUGCAAAGUCAUGAAAGAUGCCUUAGAUAAGAAGGUUGAAAAAGUUGUAGUCUCUAACCGUCUAGUCUCGUCUCCGUGCUGUAUCGUUACUUCUCAAUACGGUUGGUCUGCAAAUAUGGAGAGAAUCAUGAAAGCUCAAGCUCUUCGUGAUACCAGCACUAUGGGUUACAUGGCUGCAAAGAAACAUAUGGAAAUCAAUCCCGAUCAUAGCAUAAUGAAGACUUUAAAGAGUAGAGUAGAAGCAGACAAGAACGAUAAGUCUGUUAAGGAUCUCGUUUUACUACUUUUCGAAACUUCUCUUCUAUCAUCUGGAUUCUCUCUUGAAGAUCCCGGAACUCACGCCAAUCGUAUCCACCGUAUGGUAAAACUUGGUUUAGGAAUCGAUGAAGAAGAAGAAGUCACCGGAGAAGUUGCUACUGAACAAGAAAUGCCAAAAUUGGAAGAUGAAGAUGAUGAUGCAUCAAAGAUGGAAGAAGUUGAUUAAGCAUAAAGUUUUUCAUACAUUCAUAACUUGUGAAUAGUAGUUAUCUUUCAUGUAUACUGUAAAAAUAUUUUUGAAUACAAGUAUUUUUUAUGUAAACUGA